AUUAAAGGCGUGGUCUAGGUGUCAUGGCGGGUCUCGACCAUAAGGAGCCACGUGUUCAUUUCUCUAGUACUUUAUUUGUAAGGAAUCUACCGUAUUCUACCACAGAUGAGGUACUACAGACAGUGUUUAGUCCGUAUGGAAAACUGAGAAGAGCCUUUGUUGUUAAAAAUAAAGGUGAAAGUCAGUGUAGAGGAUUUGGAUAUGUCACUUACUUUAAAAAGGAUGAUGCAGCUAAAGCUAAAUCUCAUGUUAAAGUUAUAUCAAGUCGUCCAGUUCACAUGAUGUUUGCUCGUCACAAAGAGAAAGAAGGGGAAGAGGAGGAGGAGGGAGAGGAACAAAGCAAUGAUGAUGAAGAGGAUGAUGAUAAUGUGUUCAAGAGUGAUAGUAAUGUCUAUGAUAUUGGUCGUACCAUAUUGAUAACACAAUUAUCUGAUGACACAACUAAUAAGCAAUUGAGGGUUCGCUGUCGUAAGAUUGGGAACAUUGAAUCACUGGAAUAUCCUGUACCAGGUAAAGAUGAAUUGACAGCUUCAGUUACAUUCAAGACUCAUAAAGAAGCUAAGAAAGCAUUGGACACUCUUCAAUCAAGAACACUCAAUGGUAAAACUAUUAAAGUUGAUUUGCUAUCAAAAGUGAUCAAGAGAGUGAACAGAAAAUCACUUAAGAAAUCACGUCUCAUUGUGAGAAAUAUCAGUUUUAAGACUACUGAAGAUGAUCUCAAUGAAUUAUUUAGUGCACAUUGUCCUGUCAUUAGUACACAGGUGGUUAGGAAUGAAAAGAAUAAGAGUUUAGGCUAUGGUUUUGUUCAGUUGGAGUCGUUUGUUGAUGCACACAAAGCAUUGAAGAAUCUAAAUGAGACUGAAUUUAAAGGUAGAAAAAUUCGUGUUGAUUGGGUAUUACCAAGAGAGAAAUAUCAAUCACAAAAGGAAGCAAAAAAUGAAGAAGAGGUAAAGAUGGAAACUGAAGAGACUCAGCAAAAAGAAGAUGAAGAAGAACAAGAAGAAGAAGGAACUGAAUCACUGGAUGAAGAGGAAGGAGAUAGAGAGGAGGAAGAGGAAGAGGAGGAAGAGUCAAUGGAUGAAGAUGUACCAGUACCAAAGCAUGUUAAUGAUGUCAAAGAAGGAAAGACACUUUUUAUCAGGAAUGUACCAUAUGAUGUUGAUAAAGAGGAUUUAGCUAGUGUAUUCAGACAGUUUGGAUCCAUCAGAUACUGCAGGCCAGUCCUUGAUGCUAAUACACAGAAAUGCAAAGGAUCAGCUUUCAUACAAUACAAGACAAUAGACUCAAUCAGCACCUGUAUUGAAGCAGCAAAAUCUGAUGAAGGAUUAUGGAUUGGGCAGGAUAAGCUAAUGGUGGACAUGGCAGUCAGUAAAGAAGAACUGUCACACAUGAAGAAAGCAGCCAAGCAGCAACAACUGGUAGAGAAAGACUCAAGAAACCUGUAUCUACUGGAGGAAGGAUAUAUUGAUCCAUUGUCAGAAGCUGGUCAGGAAAUGUCUAAGAUUGAUACAAGAAAGCGAAUGAAAUCAUUGCAAGAGAGAAAGGUGAAACUAAAAAAUCCACAUUAUUUCAUAUCAAAAACAAGGCUAUCAGUGAGGAAUCUGCCAGCAUCAACUACUGAGAAAUCGUUGAAGUCACUCAUACUGCAACAUUCUGACAGACAAGCAAUUGUCAAACAAGUGAAAUUGAUGAGAAGCAAGGAGCAGUUUUUAUCUGACGGGCUAGGACGCCCUGUUGGCUUUGGGUUUGUGGAAUUCAAAGACCAUCACUCGGCACUGACUGCCUUGAGAAACCUUAACAAUAACCCUGACAUACACGGACCUGAUAAACGUCCUAUUGUUGAGUUUGCACUUGAAGACAGCAGAGCUCUUAAACUAAUGAGGAAAAGACAAGACAAACAAAAGCAGAAACAUUAUGAGACGGACUUAACGAGAGGCUUAACAAGUGAUCCUAGUAUGAAGGAGCACACUAACAAGAGAGUGGAAUGGCAACUGAAAUGGAAGGAAAGACGUCUGCGUAGAAAAGAAGCAAAGAAAAAUAAAAAGGAGCCGGUGAAAAGCAUGAGAGAGAAGAAACAGCUAUUGAAGCAGACAGCAUGGCAGGAGAAAAUGAAGAAAGACAGACAAGAUACACAGGACAAGAAGAGAGCUCUGGUUAAGAGGGAACCAGAGUCAAACAGAGUAUUAAAAUAUAAGAAACUUUUACUAAAAGCUUGAUCGAUUUUUUGAUUGCAAUGGAAUAAAAUAUUUUUAAUUUAUGAAGCACAAUCUUUGGUGGUUUUCAAAUGAAAA